CUUUCUACGAACUGUGGCAUUGGGUUUAUGGUUUUAAGAUUUUAAGAUUUCGAUGUCUACUUCAUAUGUCGUUCCAGCUCCCAUCAGAAGUGCAGUGUUCAUUAAUCCCCACAGACAUCGAUUCAUAUUGCCCCAGAGGACUUAUCGGCACAGAAACAAAUGCGGAAUGCUUAGAAGGAAUUUCGCCUUGAAGGGAAUCGUUGUUGCAGGUGUUUCGGUUGUCGGUUCUUCUCUGAGUACCAAUCCCGUCCAAGGGAUGGAAAGAUUACCUUUAAAGCCAGAAGGCUAUGAUUUUUGGAUGUGGAGAGGUCAUAAAAUACAUUAUGUAGAACAAGGAGAAGGGUUUCCUAUUGUUCUCAUCCAUGGGUUUGGUGCUUCUGCAUUUCACUGGAGAUACAACAUUCCAGAGUUGGCUAAAAGUUAUAAAGUUUAUGCUAUAGAUUUGCUGGGAUUUGGUUGGAGUGAAAAAGCAUUAAUUGAGUAUGAUGCCAUGGUAUGGAGGGACCAGAUUGUGGAUUUCAUGAAGGAAAUUGUAAAGGAACCAGCGGUUUUAGUUGGAAACAGUCUUGGGGGAUUCACUGCUUUGGUUACAGCAGCAGACCUGCCUGAGCAAAUCGCUGGAGUUGCACUACUGAAUUCUGCAGGGCAGUUUGGGAAUGCUAGUGGAGAAAGUGACACCAGUUCUGAGGAAACAUACUUACAGAAGUUUCUUAUAAAGCCACUGAAGGAAGUUUUUCAACGUAUUGUUCUCGGAUUUCUGUUCUGGCAAGCAAAGAGUCCUGCCCGGAUUGAAUCAGUCUUAAAAAGUGUGUACAUAAAUACAACCAAUGUGGAUGACUAUCUUGUGGAGUCGAUAACAAGACCAGCCGCAGAUCCCAAUGCUGGAGAAGUUUAUUACAGAUUAAUGACGCGGUUCAUGUCAAACCAGACCAAGUAUACACUUGACAGCGUCUUAAGCAGACUCUCUUGCCCUCUAUUGUUGCUUUGGGGUGAUUUGGACCCUUGGGUGGGCCCUGCCAAGGCUCUGCGAAUCAAAGAAUUUUAUCCUGAUUCAUCCAUUGUGAAUCUCCAGGCAGGGCACUGUCCACAUGAUGAAGUUCCAGAGGAAGUUAAUAAAGCUCUUGUAAAUUGGUUGUCAUCUCUGAAACUCAAUGCUUCUCUUCAGACUGUUUAACAUGUACAUCUAAUAGGCACCUAAAUAUUGAAGACCCCCAGGUAUUAUUUCUGGGUUGAAAUUUUGCUUGUAAACUAAUUGUAACAUUACUGUGUAUAGUGAUAAUUAAAGUUUCAUAUA